AUGAUCAGCCGGCUGCACUGUGCUCAGCGUUGGGCGCUCCGGACUGAGGGAGUGCUGGGGAGAGGAGCACCGAGCGCUGCGGUGCCUGUGCGUUUUUCCAGCAGUGACAAGAGGGUAUUUGUCAUUCGUCCUUCACGUUACCAUGACCGGAAAUUCACAUCAUACCUUAAAUUCUACAUACUGCUUGGUGCGAUACCUGCAGGUAUCUUCAUAACCUUCAUCAAUAUUUUUUAUGGUCCAGCCGAACUGGCAGAAAUUCCAGAAGGCUAUGUUCCUGAACACUGGGAGUACUAUCAGCACCCAAUCACUCGUUGGCUGUCCCGCAAUAUCUUUCAUUCUUUUGAGGAGUCCUAUGAGAGAGGACUAGCUAUACUCUCCACUGAAAACGAGAAACGCCAGCUCAGGUUGUAUGAAGAUAUUGCCCGUGCCUCUAUGAGAAAGAAGGGAGAUGGUCCGUGGUAUUUUUAUGAAACGCUGGAUAAAAACCUCAUUGACCAUGAACCUAAAUCCGAACCUGAUCACUAA